AUGUGGCAGCUUCUCUACAUGCUGACGCAACCCCUUAUACGCUUGAGAAGACUCUGGUUUCUGGUUGUGAAGUGCUUGUUGCUGACUUCUUAUUUGUCUCAUGCUGCUUCUGCUGUUUCUAAGAGCAAGGCCGGUACUAUGCCAUCUAUUGUUGUUCCUGGCACCAAUUCUGCUCUUGUGCCUCGGAAUGCUCCUGCUGUUCCACCCCCGAGCGACUACAGUGACUCCAUCUCUUCCGUUUUGCCCGCUUUCGUAACUGAGUUUGCUUUGGUUCUUCUAGAACCAUCGUCGAAGGCCCCAGUCAAAGAUGAUUUUUUAGCCUCCCUCAAUGCGCUCAUAGGAUCCGACUGCAUGGAUGCAGAAUCUGAAGAGGAAGAACCCGAUGAACCUGAACCUGCUCCAGCUGCUGCUCUCACUGCAUUAGUAUUUCUGUCCUUUUGCAUUGUCGAGCUUAUCCUCACAUGUUGCGGGCUUAGCAGAAAGCCUCCUGCUCAAGAUAUGGAAGAGCCAGCUGAGGAGCAUCUGCAUGUAAUGCACCUCGAACUCCAGGAGGACCAGCUGAGAGCUAUUUACGUGCUGAUGCCUUCCAUUGGUGGGUAUCGUGCCAUCAUCGAGCCUGGCGUCAGUCCCGAUUCCUUCGAGCAUCCUCCCUGCAUUACUCUCGACGAAAUCAUCCGAUUCUUUCCUCAAGAUUCAAUCCAGUCUUUCAUUGCGUAUUUGAAGUUUCUUGGCUACGCCCCAUACUGCAACUUGUCUACCAUGCCCAGGUCCGCUUUCACUAGUGACGGGAAGAAGGCUAUGUAUUGUGGGCAUACAGCUGUCGUGCUGAUAGCCGGCGUUGUGACGGAGAGUUUCCUUCGCAAUGUUGCUCGACAGGGAGGGUAUGACGCCGAGUCAGUUGAACCCAGGCCCAUCCCAAUCGAAGGUGGUCAGGGGCCCGAGUUUACGACACGUGGUAAUUUGUCCGGCACUGGCUCCAAUCAGAAUGCUUAUCCUUCUCCUGUGCAGCAGAAAGUGUCGUCCACCUCCAGUGGCUCUACUCCUGGUAAAUCCAGAUCCGCCUGGCCUAGUUCACCCUCCAAAACCCCCACAUUGUCGUCAAUGCCUAAGGAAUAUUACCACUGUCUAGGUUUCGAGGACGAUGUACCCAUUUUCGACGGUCGGGCUAGCCAAGGUCGCCACUUCUUGUUCAGACCUAUGGACUUCGACAACCUUGCAUCUAUGCCUAGGUACAAGCCGGGCCAUGAUCUAGGCUAUUUUAGUCUUGUCGCCGUUGGGUAUACCCCGACUGUUUGGACUGUCGGACGGGAGGCUCGUCUGUCCACUAAUGUUCAGUUCGUUGUUGUUUUGGGUUGGGCUCCUAACGCAGAUGCCCUUACUGCAGCUGGUGUCUUGCAGAUUGUGCAUGUUGUCUUUUUCGUCCUACUAUGUGAUCUGUCCGUUGCUGUCACUAUCUCUUCUUGGCUGUAUGGAUGGAUCCGUGUGCCCGUGAUGCUCCACACUUUCAGGCUCCCUUGCAUCGAGCAGUCGUGUGCAGUUAACGAGUGCCAACACCCUCAGUAUCGAUUUCAUUCUUAUGCCUCCACCUCUGUUCGUAACUGUGAUGCAGUAGCUGUCGUGCUCGAUCUCGUCCCUAUGUUGUUUGGAUCUCCUCACGGAUCCAUUACAGAAUUAUCUGUUUUUGUGUCCUUUCGCCUGGAUACUGUUGUCAAUGGACCUCUUGAUUAUAACACGAUGGGCCAUGCUAUCGAUAACUACGAUGACUCCCUUGCGGAUUCCAAGCGGUGGACACGUAUCGAGACUGGUACCCAUUUAUACUAUUGUUAUAUGGCACGAUUGGUCGAGCUUGCCAACAGUCCGAAUAGUCUCCUUCGUGCCUCUUUUGGGUAUCGCAGAGGAAUCGUCGACUCAUAUACAGACUGCCCGGAACAUGUACCACCUGCCUUAUCUUUGCUGAACAUGUCGGUACCUCCUGUGUUGUCCCUAUGUGCUCACGACCUGCCUCAUGAGAUAUGGGACUUUGUGCUCUCCCUUCUUCCUCACGAUGUCCAAAAGUCCUCAUGGACGGAACUACAUCUCAUCCAUGUGUCUCUCGAUGGUUACAGCAUUGAGGGCAUGCUGUCCCCUCGAGGUCAUCUACAGCGUCUCUACAUCGACUCCAUAAAUGAAGGCGCCCUGAUACAGAAUCCUUUCCUGAACCCACAUCUGGAGGGUGGGUUUGCUCUAGUCCACCAGCUAUUCCAGUCAGAACUGGGGUGCGGCGAGUUUGAUCUGUUUGUUGAGGACAACGAGACUUUUCCUCUGCAGACACGUGUACCCAGUACUAUGGCGAUGUUCCUUAUCUCUGCUGAGCAUCAUAGUGGAGGGCACAUGUCGCAAAUUGACCUUAAUGGCCUUGACGUCCUAUCAUCGUUAAGCGUGCACUCUCCCUACUAUGGCAUUUAUACCAGUAUGCGAACGAUCUCAACUUGGGCAUCGGCCUGCAAGGAGAUGCCUACUUCAUCACUGAAGCUCGAGCUGGAGAUUCAAGGAUGGACACGUGUACAGCUGGGUAAGAUCGUUGACACUCCGUACAUGAUAAGUCAUCUGGAAGGGAGCGACAAGAACAGUGGUUUCUCUUUCAAGGGCACCUUCGUUUUAAGCCUUCGCAAUCCUGACUGGAUUGUGCAUGAAACCGACUAUGACGACAGGUUUGCUGUUGGUCAGAGGUAUAUCGUCUGA